AAGAGGUAGUAGCCACAAGACACACCACCAAGUACGGUGAAUAUACCUAACUAAAUUGACAAAAGGCCCAAUCUUAAUUAAUUUCCCUCUUUCGUCUUCCUCUCUCCUCUUUUUUUUUUUCUUUUUCUCUCGCCUCUUUUUUUUGCUUCCGUUGGAGUAGUAGGGCAUUUCUGCCCGGCGAUUUUCCGUCGUACGAUUCUCCACGGAACUCCGCUACCUCGGCCGCCUUACUAAUCCUUUUUCUUUAUUAUUAUCAGGUGAGAAAAACGAGUGAUUUGAGGAUUUGAUUAUUGCUACUAGCUGGUUAAUUUGAGAUCGUGAAAGGGAGGGAAAUUGAUUGAAGUGAUUUGUAUUGUGUUAAUUUUAAGGUGAUUAAAGGGGGGAAUUAUUUUUGAUGCUUUUUUUGGGGUUAGGGAUCUGUCGGAUUUCAGGUCGAUGGCCAAUCCGGGUGUAGGCAACAGAUUUACAUCUGUGAAUCUGAAUAAAUCAUAUGGACAGUCCUUGCAUUCUAAUCAAUCAAACAGUAGUAAUUAUGGACUGGGUCGGGGAAACCGGUCCAGUGGUGGUGGAGGAGGUGGGGGUGGGAUGGUGGUCCUUUCUCGUCCAAGGAGUUCGCACAAAGUUGGGUCGAAGCUAUCUGUUCCACCCCCCUUGAAUUUGCCUUCUUUGAGGAGGGAACAUGAGAAGUUUGAUUCAUUGGGUUCUGGUAGUGGGAGUGCUGGCGGAGGUGUUGCUGGUAGUGGGGCGAGACCUUCCUCAUCGGGCAUGGGCUGGUCCAAGCCGAGUGCAAUUGGUGGAAGUGAGAGAGAGGGUGCUGGUGAUCGGCCAUUGUCUAGUGAGGGUAAUCAUGGGGUUCAAAAUGUUGACGGGGUUAACAGCGGUGGGGUUAGUACUGCUUAUAUGCCACCAUCAGCUAGAACUGAUGUUUCUGUGACUAUGAUGAGUGCUGUGGAAAAAGCAAAUGUUUUGAAAGGUGAAGAUUUCCCUUCUCUGAGAGCUACUUUGAGUGCUGCAAAUGUGCCAUCCCAGAAACAGAAGGAUUCAGCUCAUCAGAAACACAGGCAGGGGAUGAGUGAACAGUCCACCGGGGAACAGAGGGAGGGUUUGAACUUGAAUUCCCAUGUUGACAUGCGUCCCCAGGUACAGUCUUCCCAUCUCUCUGCUGGUAAUGGUCUUGGUGUUAAUAUUAGAGAGGAUCGUAGUUCAGCCAAUUUCCGCUCUCAAGAAAAAGGCCGAAAGCAGGAUGACUAUUUUCCUGGACCUCUUCUGUUGGUCCGACUGAGCCCGAGGUCUGAUUGGGCAGAUGAUGAGCGUGAUACCAGUCAUGGAUUGACUGAGAGGAGCAGAGACCUUGGUUUUUCUAGAACUGAAGCUUACUGGGAUAGGGAUUUUGAUUUGCCUCGGAGCAGCUUGCCACCACAUAAACCAGCUCAGAAUCAUUUUGAUAGAAGGGGUCAGCGCGACAAUGAUGUUGGCAAGGGUUUGCCCAACGAAGUCUCCAAUGCCGAUUCCUUUAACAAAAAUUCUCGGGUACCGAGCAGAGAGGGCCAUGAAGGGCAAUCAUGGAGAACCCCUGUUUCCAGAGAUAGGUUUGGUUCCCAGGAAGGCUUAAAUGACAGAAACAAUUUUGGUGCAAGGCCAGCCAGUGUGAACCACGAAUCAAAUAAAGACAAUAAAUACUUCCCACCCCAACGAGGCAGCAUCCGGGAUGAGUAUAAUGUUGGACAAACUGCUAAUCGGGAUUAUGCUGCUGGCAGGAGGGAUCAUGGGAGACAGCAGUGGAAUAACUCGUCGGAUCUAAAUAAUGGUAGAAAGCCAGAGAGGGACACCCGAGACUCGUAUGCCAAUAAUUCUAAUCGAUAUAAAGCUGAGGUUCAAAGUAACAUGGGAUUGAGAUCCUCAUUUUCUUCCGGUAAUAAGGGGUUGUCUGUCAGUGAUCACAUACAGAAUUUUGGCAGGGACAAGCGUUCCACUUCCAGAAACGAAAAACCUUAUGUCGAAGACCCUUUCUCUGGAUUUGAUGGACAAGAUCCUUUUCCUGGUGUUCUUGGGGCGGUAAAGAGGAAGAAGGAUGCAAAUAAACCGCUCAACUUUCAUGAUCCUGUUCGGGAAUCCUUUGAGGCUGAACUUGAGAGGGUUCAACAGAUUCAAGAACAAGAGCGGCAGCGUAUCAUCGAAGAGCAAGAGAGAGCUCUGGAGAUGGCUCGCAGAGAAGAAGAGGAGAGACAGAGGGUGGCUAGGGAACAGGAAGAACACCAGAGACGAUUGGUAGAAGAAGCACGUGAAGCUGCUUGGAGGUCAGAGCAAGAAAGAUUAGAAUCCAUACGGAGGGCAGAAGAGCAGAGGAUAGCUAGAGAAGAUGAGAAACAAAGAAUGAUGAUGGAGGAGGAUAGAAGAAAGCAAGCUGCCAAGCAAAAGCUUCUGGAACUGGAAGAAAGGAUUGCAAGGAGACAGGCUGAAACAGCAAAGGUCAGUAGUUCUGCUGCUAUUCCAGAUGACAUGAUGCCUGUGGUUGCCAAAGAUAGAGAUGUCCGGGCUGAUGAUUUCUCUUGCUGGGAAGAUGGAGAAAGGAUGGUGGAGAGGAUCACAAAUUCAGCAUCUUCUGAUUCCAGUCUUAGUAGACCUUUUGACAUGGGGUCCCGGGCUGUAGCAGCUAGAGAAUCUUCUUUUGCUUUUACAGAUAGAGGAAAACCCUUUAAUUCUUGGAGACGGGAUAUGCUUGAGAAUGGAAACAGCUCGUCUUUCUUUUCUGCAGAUCCCGAGAAUGGUCAUCAGAGCCCUAGACGGGAUUUCUCUGUGGGAGGAAAGUCAUUUCCUCGGAAAGACUUGUAUGGAGGGCAAGGCUACAUGCCUACCAGGGGUUACUACCGAGGGGGAAUUCCAGAACCUCUCAUGGACGAUUUUCCUCAUCCAAGGGGUCAAAGGUGGAACAUUUCUGGGGAUGGUGAUCCGUAUGGCAGGAACACGGACUUAGAAGCUGACUUCCCUGAUAAUGUUGCUGAUAGAUUUGAUUUGGGGUGGGGCCAGGGCAGGGGUCGUGGAAAUUCUCCUUUCCCAGAACGUUUUUAUCAGAAUUCUGAUCUGGAUGACCUUUGUAAUUAUGGGAGGUCAAGGUAUCCUGCUAGACAGCCUCGGGUCUUACCCCCUCCUUCACUACCUUCUGUACAUCAGACUUCCUUCAGAGGGGAAAGUGAACAUCCUGAUUCCUCAGCAUACGAAGAUGGAAACAUUCAAUUGAAUCAGGCAUCGCGAAGUGAGUCUGCUGGAGUAAGCUAUCAGGAUGCUCAUAAAGAGCAUUCAGAAAUAUUGGAUGUCGCGGAGCAGAGUUCAAUAAAUGGGGAGCAAGAACUGAAUCGAAGUACUACACCUGGGCGUGACUCGCAAUCUUCACUUUCUGUUUCAAGCCCCCCUAGUUCUCCUACUCAUCUGUCUCACGAUGAUUUGGAUGAAUCUAGGGAAUCUUUGGCAGUGCACUGUAGGGCAGAAAGCCAAGAUAUUUCCCUUUCUGAGAAUGAGGAUUUACUCUUAAAAGCUAAAAUGGUCAAAGGUAAUACUAUUGCUAGUGCGAGUUCAGUAUCAGUAGGUGAUGAUGAAGAAUGGACUAUAGAUAACAAUGAGGAGUUACCAGAGCAAGAAGAGUAUGAUGAAGAUGUAGGUUACCAUGAAGAAGAUGUACAUGAAGGAGAUGAUGAGAAUGUUGAACUGAACCAUGAGUUUGAAGAUAUGCAUCUGGAAGGGAAAGACUCUCCUCAUAUGGACAACAUGGUUCUUGGCUUUGACCAGGGUGUGGAAGUUGGAAUACCAAAUGAGGAUUAUGAUAAAAGUCCAAAGACUGAUGAAAGUUUGUAUACAGGACCUCAAGCGGCUGUCAGCAUCCUGGAACAAAAAGAAUCUGCUGAUGGCAGUAGAGAUGGACAAAGCGCACAAGUUGCUGAUGUCUCGCAACUUUUGAGUAUAGAUGGUUCAUGUGUGAUAGUUCAAGAGUCUGAGAAAAAUCUUGACCCAACUAAUGUAUCAAUGUCAUUAGAUUCUUUGAAUACAGGGGUUUCUACCUCUGGUACUGUUUUGAGUGCUCAGCAGUCAGUAUCAUCUCCUGUCAUGACGAACUCACUGUCAUCUAAUCAGACCUUGCCUGGUGUAGCUGCUACCAAGGGCCCUGCUGACUUGCCUGUUAAGCUUCAGUUUGGGUUGUUUUCUGGACCUUCUUUGAUUCCCUCUCCUGUUCCAGCUAUUCAAAUUGGUUCUAUUCAGAUGCCUCUCCAACUUCAUCCACAAAUGGGUCCUUCCUUAACUCAUAUGCAUGCUCCGCAGCCUCCCCUCUUUCAAUUUGGUCAGCUCAGAUAUCCAACUCCCAUGUCUCAGGGAAUCUUACCUUUGGCACCUCAAUCGAUGUCUUUUGUUCAGCCUAAUUUUACACCAAGUUAUACUACCAGUCAAGUACCUGGAGGUCCACCUGCUUCCAAGCCUGUUCAAGAUUCCUCUCACAGUUCUGUGAAAAGCCAUCAAGUUCAGCUUCCACAUCAGUUGAAUGCACAUCAGCGUAGUGAUUUCAAAGAGUCAAAUUUGCUUGUUACACCAGGUUUGGGAACUAAUGUUCCGUUGUGUCAGAAUAAAGAAAACAGCUCCAGCAUGGGCCAGAUUAGGCCUGACUUGGGUCAACAAGCUGACAGUUUGGGGCGUCCUUGUAAUGUUGGGAGAAAUCCGAAGCCUUUGUUGAAUAAUAGAGCAUCAGAAAGUCGAGUUGGGCCUUCAUCAUCUCAUUCUGCUGUUAAUGUAAAAGAUUCUAGUGGGCCAUCAGCCCAAGGCCAAUUCUCGGGCAGCAGAGGGAGGAGAUUUGCGUUCACAGCUAGACAUCCUGGACCUAGGUCUUCUUCUUCUGCAAACGAGGCAUCUCGAUCAGAUAUCCAUGGAUUUCAGAGGAAGCCAUGGCGUGGUCCACAGAGAUUUGAGUUCCGUGUACGCCAGCCUGCUGACGGAAAGCAAUCUUCUGUAUUGUCUUCUUCUAGUUUCCCUGGACCGGAUGCCAAGUUGAAUUCUGAUGGAAAGAAUACUGAGACACAGCCGAAAAGUGGGUUAAAGAAAGAACUACGGUCUGAUAAACCAAAACAAACUCUUGAUUCAGAGAUUUCAGGCUCAGAUCAGAUUCAGGUGUCUGGUUCUGGGAUUGAAGAAGACAAGACAGCUUUAAAAGAAGCAGCUGCAACCAGUGGGCUAGACACUUCACAUCGUGCUGAAGGAAGCUUGAAAAGAAACAUUGGUUCAGAAGAUGAUGUUGAUGCUCCCCUGCAAAGUGGUAUCGUGCGUGUAUUCAAGCAAUCUGGUAUCGAAGCCCCUAGUGAUGAAGAUGACUUUAUUGAGGUCAGGUCAAAGAGGCAAAUGCUGAAUGAUCGGCGUGAACAGAGAGAGAAGGAUUUUAAGGCAAAAUCUAGCAACAUGAGAAAGGCUCAGCGAAAAUCUCGGCCUGCAGCCCAAGGUACUGCCACAACCAGAAGCACAAGCAGAGCGACUGCACCAUUAAAUGCACAAGCAACAAAGAAUGUUCGCUCAGCUAUCGCGUCAAAAAGAGGCUUGCUAAUCAAUGAUGUGUCUGCAACAUUGAAGAAUGUAGGAUCCCAGCCAUUGGCUCCAAUUGGCACUCCUCCAGUAGGUGCUGAUUGUCAAAUUGAAGACAAAUCCCAAACUGUGAAGCCACCACAAACAAAUUCCUAUGCAAACCAUGUGCAAACUGUUGGAUCUGAUGCUCCUGACCUGACUUUUGAUUCUCAAGGAAAGGCUGUUGAUGGAGUUCAGUCAUCUAUUGGCUCCUGGGGUAGUCCAAGCAUUAAUCAGCCGGUUAUGGCCUUGACACAGACCCAACUCGAGGAGGCUAUGAAACCUGCUCAUUUUGAUACACAUGUCGUAUCUAUUGGAGAUUGUGGUAGCUCGGUCAAUGACUCAGGCUUGCCAUCGUCAUCUGUCCUUGCAAAAGAUAACACAUUUUCUUCAGCAACUAGUCCUAUUAAUUCUCUCCUUGCUGGGGAGAAGAUACAAUUUGGUGCAGUCACAUCUCCAACGAUUCUUCCUCCAAGUACACGUGUUUCGCAUAACAUUAGGUCCCCUGCUUCUCUCCCGAUGAAUGUUCAAAGGCCCCAAAGUAUGCCUGCAUCGCAAAAUCAUUGUGAUGUUCUUUUUGAGAAAGAGAAACAUCCUAAUGAGUUGUGUUCACCUUUAGAGGAUUGUGAGGCCGAAGCUGAAGCAGCAGCUUCAGCUGUUGCUGUUGCUGCUAUUGGCAAUGAUGAAGUUGUCGGGAAUGGGAUUGGUAGCUGUUCAACUACCAUGUCAGAUCCCAAAAGUUUUGGUGGUGCUGAUAUAAACAGGAUUACGACAGAUUUCAUAGGCAUGUCGGGUGAUCAGCAUGCAGUGAGUCAAUCGAAGAGUGACGAGACUUUGAGCGUUUCCCUCCCUGCAGAUCUGUCGGUAGAGACACCACCAAUCUCAAUAUGGCCACCUUUACCUAGUCCUCACAGUUCUUCUAGUCAUAUGCUUUCACCCUUUCCUGGAGGUCCAACUUCUCAUUUUCCAUAUUAUGAUAUGAAUCCUAUGAUGAGGGGUCCUGUCUUUGCCUUUGGCCCCCAUGAGGAGUCUGCUGCCCUGCAACCACAACCACAGAAGAGCAGUGUAUCUAGUUCGGGCCCGUUAGGAACUUGGCAACAUUGCCACACGGGUGUAGAUUCAUUCUAUGGUCCUCCUGCAGGAUUCACAGCCCCUUUCAUCAGUCCUCCUGGAAGUAUCCCCGGGGUGCAAGGCCCUCCACAUAUGGUGGUUUAUAAUCAUUUUGCUCCUGUAGGGCAAUUUGGACAAGUUGGCUUGAGUUACAUGGGAACUACCUACAUCCCCUCUGGGAAACAGCCAGAUUGGAAGCAUAAUUCCUCACCUGCCUUGGUUGGCAGUGAGGGUGAAGUGAACAAUACGAAUUUGGUCCCUGUGCAACGCAGCGCUCCCAAUGUACCAGCUCAGGCUCAACAUUUGGCUCCUGGGUCUCCACUGCUGUCAAUGGCAUCACCUUUGGCCAUGUUCGAAGUGUCACCCUUUCAGUCCUCUUCACCUGAUGUCUCUGUGCAUCCUCGGUGGUCUCAUGUUCAAUCAUCACCCAUUCACACAAUGCCCCAAUCUAUGGCAUUGCAACAGCAAGCUGAGGGCGUAAUGCCAUCUCAGUCAAGUCAUGCAUCUGCUGAUCAUCAUUCUUUAAAUGCAAGCGGCUUCUCUAAGACCCAAACAUCGUCCUCACUUGAAGAUGGUCGAUCUUUUUCUAUGAGUACAAACGCUGCUGCAAGCCAAUUCCCUAAUGAACUUGGUUUGGUAAAUCCACCAGUUUCCAUUGGUUCUGAAGCUUUGGCUCUUCAUAUGGGGAGCAAUAGCCGGUCUGGGGAUCCUGUAAAGGUUGAUGCUUGUGCCGAAGGCUCUGGAAGCCAAAGGAACCCACAUGUUGGAGCUUCUGCCCCUAACAAAGCCCAAGCGCAAAUGUCUAAACAAAAGAAUCCAUCUGCGCAACAGCAGUACAAUCAUUAUCAGAGAGGGGGAGGUCAGAAGAACAGCUCAGGGGCAGAAUGGUCCAGCCGUAAAAUGGGGUUCCAUGGAAGGAACCACUCUUCAGGAGGAGAGAGGGGCUUCCCUCCUACCAAAGUUAAGCAGAUCUAUGUUGCCAAGCAAAAUAACACCAGCGGAACUGGAACUGGAACUGCUCAAUAAGCUGCGUAAAAAAGAGAACACAUUAUAUCCAGCUUAAUACCUCAAAGAUGGUUCGGGCUAAUCAUCGUACUAAAGCAAAUUACAAAGUUGAAGAUCCCUCAUAUUAGGUGAUUUUAGAAGUACUUAGCUUUUUGUUCCUCUCGUAAGCCCUUUUAAUUUAACAAAGGGUUGUAAAAGUAAUGAUUUAGUUUAUAUGAGGAGAGUGGAAGAAGUAAACUAAGGGCAUUGGGCUUCGCCGCUUUGGAUUCGGUAUUAUUAUAGAGAAAAAUAUUGUUUUAUAGGGAUUAUGAGAGUUUUAUGUGUUAAUAUUGUCUCUAAUUAUUGUGACAAUAUAUGGAUAUCUUCUCACUCAUUUUUGGCUAGUGAAUUACUGAUAAAACUCUUUCUAACUCUUUA